AUGCGAAAGGGAGGCCGCAGAAGCGAGAUUUGGACUUUAAGUGGACUUCCGCAGAAGCGGGAGGUUGACCGCAGAAGCGGUACCGCUAAUGCGGAAUUUGAGUCGCAGAAGCGGUUCCUGGGGGCCUUAGUGAUAUCCGCAGAAGCGGAACUUUUGCCGCAGAAGCGGUGUCGCGGAAGCGAGUUUGAAAGUUGUUUGUCUUCCAAUACAAAGCAAAAGAUGGGGAAAGGCAUAUUGGUGAAUGAGCAUAUGGAUUCAAGUCGUGUCAAUAUGCAAACUGAAAUUUUAAGUUCCAGUAAUGUUACCCCACAAGAUCAUUCAAGUCAACUAAACCUAGAGGGUGAAGGUGAUGAUGAUGAUGAAGAUGCAAAUGAGUGUGAAGAGUACUGGGAUAUAGGAGAUCCUACAAAUGUAUGUGAAUAUUGUGGGGCAUAUUUUUGGUUCGAAGAAAGAGUCAAUAAGCAGUAUAAGUCUAAACGACCAGUAUUUAAUAUAUGUUGUAAUCGUGGAAAGAUAAAGCUGCCGAAUCCAAAGGACCCUCCUCAAAUUCUAACGCAAUUGUUGUUUGGAUCUGGUCCUAAAAGCGACCAUUUUCGAGAGAACAUUAAGAUCUAUAAUUCUAUGUUCUCAUUUACAUCAAUGGGGGGAAAGGUUGAUGUCUCUGUUAAUCAAACACGGGGACCAAGAACAUUCAAAUUGUCUGGUCAGAACUAUCAUCAAAUCGGAAGUCUAUUGCCUCCUGAUGGAUCCAACCCGAAGUUUGCGCAAUUAUAUAUUUAUGAUACAGAAAAUGAAGUACAAAAUAGAAUUCAUGCUGUGAGUCUUGGCCAAAACAUGAACAAACUUCAUGUUGAGAUUGUUAAUGAUCUGAAGCAAAUGCUUGAUGGAAACAAUGUUUUGGCAAAGACAUUUAGAAUGUGGUGGGAGAUUUUGAACUAUCUAGAUGUGAUAGGGACAUCAUUAUCGAAACCCAAUCCGGACAGCUACAAAGGAUAA